CCCGGACCCCGCCUCCCGCCCGCGGUCGCCCCCGCGCCGCCCGCCCGCUGCGUGCUGGAGUGGAGUCGCCGGCGGAGGGAGCCGCGGCAGCCGCCCUGGGAGCGCAGCCCAGCCGAGCGGCAUGCAGGCGCUCAACAUCACCCCGGAGCGCUUCUCCCAGCUGCUGCGCGACCACAACCUGACGCGCCAGCAGUUCAUAGCGCUCUACGGGCUGCGGCCGCUCGUCUAUACCCCGGAGCUGCCCGCGCGCGCCAAGCUGGCCUUGGUGCUCACCGGGGUGCUCAUUUUCGCCCUGGCGCUCUUCGGCAACGCGCUGGUGGUUUACGUGGUGACCCGCAGCAAGGCCAUGCGCACCGUCACCAACAUCUUCAUCUGCUCGCUGGCUCUCAGCGACCUGCUCAUCGCCUUCUUCUGCAUCCCGGUCACGAUGCUCCAGAACAUCUCGGACGACUGGCUAGGGGGUGCCUUCGUCUGCAAGCUGCUGCCCUUUGUCCAGUCCACCGCCAUCGUGACGGAGGUCCUCACCAUGACCUGCAUUGCUGUGGAAAGGCACCAGGGCCUCGUCCACCCUUUUAAAAUGAAGUGGCAGUACACCAACCAGAGGGCUCUCACCAUGCUAGGUGUGGUCUGGCUGGUGGCCGUCAUCGUGGGAUCGCCCAUGUGGCACGUGCAGCAGCUGCAGGUCAAGUACGACUUCUUGUAUGACCAAGAGCACGUGUGCUGCCUGGAAGAGUGGGCCAGCCCAGCGCACCAGAGGGCCUACACCACCUUCAUCCUGGUCUCCCUCUUCCUGCUGCCGCUGCUGCUCAUGCUGCUCCUCUACGGCAAGAUCGGCUACGCGCUCUGGGUCAAGAAGAGGGUGGGGGACGGCUCUGUGCUCCGGACCAUUCACGGGAAGGAAAUGUCCAAGAUCACCAGGAGGAAGAAGCGAGCGGUCAUCAUGAUGGUGACAGUAGUGGCCCUCUUCGUCGCGUGCUGGGCGCCGUUCCAUGUCGUCCACAUGAUGAACGAGUACAGUAAUUUCGAAAAGGAGUACGAUGACGUCACCAUCAAGAUGGUCUUUGCUAUCGUGCAAAUCAUCGGCUUUUCCAACUCCAUCUGUAAUCCCAUCAUUUAUGCAUUUAUGAAUGAGAACUUCAAAAAAAAUUUUUUGUCUGCCGUUUGCUAUUGCCUAGUGAAAGAACCCUUCUCCCCGGCGCAGCGGCCUGGAAACUUGGGGAUUACAAUGAUGCAGAAGAAGGCAAAGCUGUCUGGGAGACAGAACCCGGUAGGGGAGACCAAGGCGGAAGCCUUCAGUGACGGCAACAUCGAGGUCAAGCUGUGGGAACCACCGCGGGGCCCCAGGAGCCUCAAGCGCCCGCUUGCCCUCUUCAGCCAGGAGUGCUCAGAGAGCCCUGGCCCAGGCAGUGGGCGCUAACGGGAGCAGCUCCGGGCUCGUCAUUCAGGCUAUAAUCUCAGAUCAUGUUGAGCCAAGGGCAGAGGCUUUAUUUUUAUUAAAAUGAUGACAAGAAGGAAAUACAUCAUUUUUUUCCAGUUUAAUCUUGCAUGGCACAUGCAGAUAGAAUUUAGGAAAAGUAUUGAACCAUCCUUGUUGAUCAUUAAAGUGGUCUUCU